AUGGCGUCCCUUCAGAACAAUCGCACGGUGAAGAUCCUCAAUGCCGCCGCAGCUGGCAACUACGGCGUCAUGGCUGCCAUCGCCUACAAUGUCGAACAGCUCACCGCCCUCGUUGCCGCCGCAGAGUCUCGCCGGUCACCGCUGAUAAUCCAACUCUUCCCCUCCACCCUCAAACAAGUCCCCCUCCUCGCCCACGCCGCCGCACACGCCGUCAAAACCUCGUCCGCUCCGCUAUCAUUACACAUCGACCACGCGCAGAAUGUAGAGCACAUUCGCGAAAUCAUAGCCACGCUGCCGGUCGACAGCGUCAUGGUGGACAUGUCGCACUACUCUGAAGCCGAGAACCUCGAGAAAACCAAGACCUUGACCCAAGAAUGCCAUGCGCGGGGUAUUGCUGUAGAAGCUGAGAGCGGGCGUAUCGAGGGUGGGGAAGACGGAAUAGCAGAUACAGAAGGCUUAGAAGCAUUAUUCACCAGCCCUGAAGACGUGGACAAUUUUCUCGCUGCUGGCGUCGACAUCCUCGCGCCGAGUAUCGGUAACGUCCAUGGCGAUUACGGCCCCGCGGGACCCAAGGAGGGACAAAUCCACUUCGACCGCCUGGACGCGAUUAACACCCAGAUCAACAAACGCGUGCACGUUGCGCUGCACGGCACGAAUGACUUCCCGCCAGAGGUCAUGCGCAAAUGUAUAGAAGCCGGCGCGGUGAAGUUGAAUGUGAACAAGCUGUUAUUAGAAGUGGGCAAUCAGGUGUUGAGGGAAAACGCGGCGAGUUGGGGCGUGCCGAAACUUAUCGACGAACAGAUGAAGGUUAUUCAGAAGGAGACGGAGCGGUGGAUGGAUAUUUGUGGAAGUAGUGGGAAGGCGUAGAAGAAUGAAUAUGAGGAAAUGAAUAUG